UCCCCUUUCUCUCCACACGGAAGUACUCCAGUCGCCGGGCCUGCCGCCGUCAAGACGAGAGCGGGCCGCCUCCCCGCGGCGCGGCCUAGCCAUGGCGCCUCAGCCGCCGCAGCCCGCGCCCCUCCAGCCCCUGACCAGCUGCGGCCCGUGGGAGAUGCGGGAGCGCCUGGGGACGGGGGGCUUCGGCAACGUCAUCCGCUGGGAGCACAAGGAAUCCAGGGAACAGAUUGCUAUCAAACAGUGUCGCCAGGAGCUCAGCCCCCGCAAUAGGGAAAGAUGGUGUUUGGAAAUACAGAUCAUGAAACGACUAAAUCACCCCAAUGUGGUGGCUGCCCGGGAUGUCCCAGAAGGGAUGCAGAAUCUUGCCCCUAAUGACUUACCACUGCUGGCUAUGGAGUACUGCCAGGGAGGAGAUCUCAGAAGGUAUCUGAACCAGCCGGAGAACUGCUGUGGCCUGCGGGAGAGAGCUAUCCUCAUCUUACUGUCCGACAUUGCCUCUGCUCUCCGAUAUCUUCAUGAGAACAGAAUCAUCCACAGAGACCUGAAACCGGAGAACAUUGUCCUGCAGCAAGGCAAUGAGAGGCUAAUACACAAGAUCAUUGACCUGGGGUAUGCCAAAGAGCUGGAUCAAGGCAGUCUUUGCACAUCUUUCGUCGGGACUCUGCAGUAUCUGGCUCCAGAACUGCUGGAGCAGCAGAAGUACACGGUGACGGUGGAUUAUUGGAGCUUUGGCACGUUGGCCUUUGAGUGCAUCACAGGCUUCCGGCCCUUUCUACCCAACUGGCAACCAGUGCAAUGGCAUGCAAAGGUGCGGCAGAAGAGUGAGACGGACAUUGUUGUCUGGGAAGACUUGGCUGGAGAGGUGAAAUUUUCUAGCAGAUUGCCACACCCCAAUAAUCUGAACAGUAUUCUGGCGGAUCGGCUGGAGAAAUGGCUGCAGCUCAUGCUGAAAUGGCACCCACGGCAGAGAGGCACAGACCCCAGACAUGGCCCCAACGGCUGUUUCAAGGCUUUGGAUGAUAUCCUGAAUUUAAAAUUGGUUCGUAUCCUGGACAUGGUGACGGGUGUUGUCCACGUGUACCCUCUGGCGGAGGAAGAGACUUUACAGAGUGUGAGAGCCAGAAUCCAGGCUGACACUGGCAUCCAGGAGCUCGACCAGGAGCUGCUGCAGGAGGGCGGGUUAGCAGUAUUUCCUGAGAAGCCAGCUGUUCCGUGUCUAGCUGACAGUAAGUUAAAUGAUGCUGCAGCUGCUGACGCAGGCCUCUUCUUCCUCUUCGACAACCGAAAAGUCACCUAUGAGCCUCCGAUCUCCCCACGGUCUCAUCCCGAAAGCAUUGACUGCAUCCUUCAGGAUUCAAAGAAGAUCCUCAACUACUUCCAGCUGCGCAAAGUGUGGGGUCAGGUCUGGCAUGCAAUCUGGAGGCUGAACGAAGACGCUAACCAGCUUCAGCAGGGCCAGCGAGCAGCCAUGAGGAACGUUCUCAGGCACAACAGCACACUUUCCAAGAUGAAGAACUCCAUGGCUUCCCUGUCGCAGCAGCUGAAGGCCAAGCUGGACUUCUUCAGAACCAGCAUCCAGAUUGACCUGGAGAAGUACCAUGAGCAGAUUGAGUUUGGAAUCACAUCUGAGAAACUGCUGCUGGCCUGGAAGGAAAUGGAGCAGGCUGUAGAGCUCUGUGGACGGGAGAAGGAUGUUGAGCAGCUGGUGAAGAAGACCAUGGCCCUCCAGACAGACAUUGUGGAAUUGCAGAGAAUCCCCCAGGGCCGGAAACAAGGGAUCAACUUGGAUGAUCUAGAAAAUCAAGCAAAGGACUUGUACCGGAAGCUAAGGGAAAAGCCAAGAGACCAAAGGGCUAGCGGAGACAGUCAAGAAGUAGUCCGGUUGCUGUUGCAGGCAAUCCAGACGUUUGAAAAAAAAGUCCGCCUCCUUUAUGGUCAGCUCAGUAAUACAGUUGUCUGCAAGCAAAAGGCCCUGGAGUUGUUUCCGAAAGUGGACGAGGUGAUGAGCCUGAUGAGUGAAGAUGAGGAGAAGGUUGUCAAACUUCAGGAGAAACGGCAGAAAGAACUCUGGAACCUGCUGAAAAUUGCCUGUAGUAAGGUGCGUGGUCCUGUCAGUGGCAGUCCAGACAGCAUGAAUGCAUCACGCCUUAGUAACCCUGCCCAGCUGUCAUUGCAGCCUCCAGAACCACAUAGUAAUGUGCCGGAACCUGGGAUUAAAAGUGAGGAGCUACUGCUGGAAUCCCAGAGCCUCUGCAGCCAACUGGAGAACGUGAUGCUCAGCACAAUGAAUGACCAGGAGCACAGCUUUAUGGCUUUGGACUGGAGUUGGCUGAAGCUUCAAGUGGAAGGAAGAGAAAGCCUAGAACAAACCCAGAUGUGAAGGCAGCUUUAGUUUUAAGCAGCUUAAAACCCAACUGUUUUCUUCAUGAUGGAUGGCCAGAUAGGACUGCAGGCUUGUCCUUGAAUAAGAAACCUGUACCUGUUGACUACUGAUGGAUGCACCUGGUUGGAUGCUGAGUGAGCCAGGAUACUGGGGCUGGAUGGUCCCUUGGUCUGAUCCAGCAGGGUUUUUUUCUUUCUUAUGUAGCACCACAUAAGACUCUUUAAAAACAUCUGUAUAUAAAUACAUACUUUCUGUACUGUU